AUGUUAAUUGCUAAAGUCAAUUCAAAUACUGGUGAAUCGAAAUUUGGUGAUAUUCCAACGGUACAACGAAAAUCAGCUCGACUAGAGCGCUUAACGAGUAAGAAAAAGCGCGACUGGCUUGAACAGUCGCCAACGAAUGGCUUUAUACGCUUAUAUGCGCCAAAUGCUUCACGUUCUAUUAUAUAUCCCGUAACAAUUGAAACAACCGUGGAAGAUAUUUGUUCGAUAUUAGCAUUUGAAAAUAUUUAUUUGCAAAUUGGUGGGCUGCAUAUAAAGCGCCUUUUAUCUGGCACAAAACCGUUGCAAGUGCAGAAUGAAAUACUGAUGAAAAUUGGUUACGAUGACAUAAAUAGCUGCAUGGAAAUUGGCGAUGCAUUCCUGUCCGUUGGCCGGAAUAAAAGAAGACCAGAGCAUGCUACACGAGCAAAUACUUCCAAUGAAAUUCUAAUAACAAAGUGUUUCGUACGGAAGGGUCGAUUAUUACAUAAAUGGAAUAAGCAUCAAUGUAUCUUAUAUAAUGGUACUAUUAGAAUUGAAUAUGAAGGUGAAGAUGAUGAGAUGAUAUUGCUAAGUCGGUAUCGAGCUGAAAUAGCUGAAUGCAGUAAAGGGAAAUACUUGCGUUUAUCUGAAAAUACCCAUGUUUAUUGCUUUUUGUUCGAUGAGAUUGGCGAGAUGAAUUUAUGGCUGACACGCAUUGUCCAGACACAAAUAUCACCGACUUGCGAUUUAAGCGAUCGUGGCAUUCUAUUUUUACCGGACCAACUGUUUUCUGUUGGUGCAGAUCGUCCUAUCGUGUCUCUGAAUUUAAGACCUCCACUAAUCGGAUGGCUUGACGAUAUUCAUCGAUUAAAUGCUCUAAGGUCAUUGAACAUCGCUGAUAACGCACUGUAUUCAUUUCCAUUGGCUAUAACUCGUGUUCGAACGUUAACCGAGCUGAAUAUUUGUGGCAAUCGAAUCGCUUCAUUGCCCCCAGAAAUUGGAAAUCUAAUUAACUUAACAAGUUUAAAUGUGGGCAACAAUUGGUUGACUUCUCUUCCUGACGAACUCAAAAGAUGUGUUAACUUAUCGCUCAUCGACCUAAGCUUCAAUCGCUUCCUGCAUAUUCCAGAAGUGAUAUUUGCAUUCAAAAAGCUUCCUAGUAUCGAACUUGCUGGAAAUGAAAUACAGUCAUCGGUUCUACACUCUUUAGCUUCAGUUCAAGCAAAGAAAUUGAAUUUGAGGCGAAAUCUUCUCACACGGUCAAUUCGAUUAACAUCCUUUAUUUUCAAUUUUCUAACGGAAAUCGAUCUGAGAGAUAAUAGACACCUUUAUGAGAUUGAUCUCAGCAAUUUGUCCACCAUACAGUUAUUAAAUACUUUAUUUAUAUCAGCUCAUUUUGAUACAGUAAGACAGUGCAUUGCGAAAGGAACCAAAUUACGUCUCUUCAAGUUAAUGGUUGUAAUUUACGACACCUUUAUGCUGACAACAACUGUAACAUUAACCCAUAUAGUAAUUAUGCCUAUACCAGUCAAUAUGGUAGUAUUCAGUGCAGCAAAUAAUAAGCAAACGGCGUUGCCCGACUGGCUCACAGAUCUGCCUUGUAUUGAAACUAUUUGCGUGCACCAUAAUUUCUUAAAGCAACUUCCACAUAGAAUAUUUACAAAUGUAAGCAAAUUGAAAAAUUUAAUAGCAAAUGACAAUGAAAUCGAAACUCUUCCAGAAUCUGUAGAAAAUUGUUGUUUGGAAGUUUUGUCGUUGCAAAAUAAUCGAAUCAAACAUCUACCUCGUAAUCUGUUUAAAUGUGCACAGAAGAUUCGUAAUUUAAAUGUCUCUUACAAUCACCUAUCAACCCUUCCAGAAUCGAAUUCAUUAAGCGAUCUCAAUAGAUUACAGCAGUUCCGAGCUGCCUGCAAUAAUUUGGACGAAUCAGUCGUCAGCACUGUGGUUUCUUUCCGCAGACUUCGUGUUCUUGAUCUUUCCUACAAUAAUCUCAAAUUUUUUGAUGAUAGCUGUUUAAAUCGUUUGACGGCUCUCGAAGAAGUGAAUCUAUCAUCCAAUCGGUUAUCAUCGAUUUCGGUAGCCUUCUGCACGCUCCCAAACCUUCAAAUUCUUCGACUACAUUCAAACGAAAUCUCAAUGAUUCCGGAUUUUUCACGCUCUCCAUCACUUGUCUUGCUGGACAUCGCAAACAACGAGUUGAAGGACUUGAAUCCAGAAUUGUGUUUGGCAAAAUCAUUGAAAUACCUCGAUCUCACUUGUAAUUUAUCAUUACGUGUUGACACAAACACAAUUCGUCCUAAAAGACGAGCACGAUCAGUUUCUGUUGUUGAUGUUGGUUCUGAAUCAAAUUACGAUUCUUUUCAUUUUGGAUUUGCUGAAACGCCUGGACAAAAAAAUAAGCUGUGUAUUCGUCAGAUUCGUCCAAAAUAUCCAGAACAAGUAAUAUUUGGCAUAAUUGAUGGCGGAUCUAAUGAACAGAUUUCUGCUCUCGUGAUUAAUGGAUUAUCAUAG